CUCUCGUCGGGUGUAAACGUUCUGCGGUCUUGAAUACGUGAUAGGGAUAAACUCAUCAACGCUUUUCUUCUUUCUUCUACCUCUUUUUCCAUCGUUGAACUCAGAAGCGAAAGAACCCUUUGUGGUAUUCUAUCUUUUAAAACUUGCGCGCUUACAGCGAAAACGAAGAAAUAUUCUAUUGGAGUAAUAGAGCUGUUCUUAAGUAAAGCGAAAGAAAUCGAAAGGAAAAAUGGCAGAGGACAAGAACGAGACCAGCCCAAACGCCGAGGGUGAAAAGCCACCACAGGAAGCAGCGCCGUCGAAGCAAGAGAAAGAAGAGCCAAAGGAAAGUAAAGAAGAAGAGAAGAAAGUGGAGGAGAAUGGCGACGGUGAUAAUAAACCCAAGGAGAACGGCGAGGAGAAACCCACGCCAGAGCCGAAGGACAUGCGGGCUAUAGUACUGAAUGGUUUCGGCGGACUAAAAAGUGUCAAGGCUUUAAGGAAGCCUGAGCCCACCCUUGCCGAAGGAGAGGUUCUUAUUAGAGUCAAAGCAUGUGGAUUGAAUUUCCAAGAUCUGAUGGCCAGGCAGGGUGCUAUCGAUUCCCCACCAAAAACUCCUUUCAUUAUGGGAUCCGAGUGCGCAGGUGACAUCGAGCAAGUUGGCGAGGGCGUGGAGAACUUUAAAGUGGGCGAUCGAGUGGUUGCACUUCCUGAUCACAAGGCGUGGGCAGAGCUCGUCGCCGUGCCAGCCACGUCCGUUUUCGCGCUACCAGCCGGCAUGAGCUACCUCGAUGCAGCAGCGAUCACGAUGAACUACACCGUCGCUUAUAUUCUGCUGUUUGAACUGGCCAAUUUGACGCCUGGAAAGAGUUUGUUACUCCACAGCGCCGGUGGUGGUGUGGGUCAAGCAGUUGUCCAGCUGGCCAAGACCGUGAAGGACGUGACCAUUUUUGGUGUAUGCAGUAAAUCAAAACACGAAGCCCUGAAAGCAGCCGGGACCAUCGACCAUCUCUUGGAACGAGGCACGGACUAUAGCAACGAAGUUAGGAAGAUCUCUCCAGAAGGCGUGGAUAUUGUCUUGGAUUGCCUCUGCGGCGAAGAAUGCAACAAGGGAUACGCUUUGUUAAAACCUAUGGGAAAAUAUAUUCUUUAUGGGUCCAGUAACGUAGUCACUGGAGAGACUAAGAGUUUCUUCUCUGCAGCGCGAUCAUGGUGGCAGGUAGACAAAGUAUCUCCUAUUAAACUAUUUGAUGAGAACAAAACUCUAUCUGGAUUAAAUCUCCGCCAUUUGAUGUAUCAACAUGGCAGCCACGCAUUUGUGCGACGAGCAGUGGAACGUGUGUUUGCCUUAUGGAACGAGGGUAAGAUAAAACCUGUAGUAGAUACAACGUGGGCUCUAGAAGACGUUCCAGAAGCUAUGCAGAAAAUGCAUGAUCGCAAGAACAUUGGUAAGAUUGUGCUGGACCCAAGCCUUGAACCAAAACCGAAACCAGCAACUCCGGCCAAAGGGAAGACGAAGGAUAAGAAAGCAGCUAGCCAAGAAAGUCAAGAAAAGAAAGCAUCUAGUGUAGAGUCUGAGGAAGGGGAGAAAAAAAAAGAGCCUGAACUGACAAAUGGAACAUCCGAAGACAAAUCUGAUAGCGAUUCGAAAGAAAAAGAAUCGAGCUGAAUUAGCGGCGCUAGCUAAUUCUAAUAUACUUAUAUACAUAAAAAUAUAUAUAAAAAAAUGUAAAACUGAUAUCCCGUGAAGAUCAAGAAUUUUGCAGAUAAGUACUCUAUUAUUCCUCACUAUUCAGAGAUCUACU